UCAGAUGAAGGAAUUGAAGCUUGCAUAAGUUCCUCUGAAAAAGUUAAUACAAAUGACAUUAUCCUAGUUGCCCUUAAUACAGAUUUAAGAACGAUUGGCAAGAAAUUCCUCCCCAGUGACAUCAAUGGUGGAAAGGUGGAAAAGCUGGAAGGGCCAUGUGUUCUGCAAAUACAGAAAAUACGCAAUGUUGCUGCACCAAAGGAUAAUGAAGAAUCUCAGGCUGCUCCCAGAAUGUUACGUUUACAGAUGACCGAUGGACACACAAGCUGCACAGCUAUAGAAUACAGUAGCAUGUCAAAAAUAAGCCUGAACACUCCACCUGGAACAAAAAUUAAGCUUUCAGGAAUUGUUGAAGUGAGAAAUGGAUUCUUGCUGUUGGAUGACAGUAACACAGCAGUUCUCGGAGGUGAAGUGGAGCAUCUUAUAGAAAAGUGGGAAUUACAAAGGAGUUUAGCAAAACACAAUAGGAGUAACAUUGGAACAGAAGGUGGCCCUCCCCCUUUUGUACCUUUUGGGCAGAAAUGUGCAUCUCACGUGCAAGUGGAUAGCAGAGAGCUUGAUCGCAGAAAGACUCUGCAAAUGACAAAUACUGUAAAAACUGUUGUGGACAAUGAUGAGUUUGAAAAGCAGAGAACAGCUGCUAUUGCAGAAGUAGCAAAGAGCAAGGAGACCAAGACGUUUGGAGGAGGUGGUGGUAGCAGCAGAAGUAAUCUCAGUGUGAAUGCUGGAGGGAAUCGAAACAGGGAACUGUUCCAGAAAGAGAAGAUAACAAAACCUGAGGGAAAGAAUGAAGGUGUCUACCGAGAACUGGUUGAUGAAAAGGCUCUAAAACACAUAACAGAGAUGGGUUUCAGCAAAGAAGCAGCAAGACAGGCACUUAUGGAUAACAGUAACAGCCUAGAGGCAGCAUUAAAUUUUCUUCUGAACAGCAGUAAACAGAAACCCAUUCAGGGACCACCACCUAGAGGUAAAGGGAAGGGCCGAGGCCGAAUAAGACCUGAAGAUGAAGAAGAGCUAGGAAACGCCAGACCGUCUGCACCGAGCACACUGUUUGAUUUCUUAGAAUCCAAAAUGGGUACUUUAACAGUAGAGGAACCAAAAUUGCAAUUUCAGCCACCACAUCAAGUACAGCACAAAGUUAUGAAUACAGAACAGAAUGGCAUCAAAGAGAAUCAUUCAAGACACAUUUCCCGCAAUGACAUGAGACAACCAAGGAAUGAGAAACCCCCUCGUUUUCAAAGGGAUAUUCAAAAUUCAAGGCAGGCUUUGGAAAGUGGUGGGUUACCAAGAAACAGAGGUCCUGAAAGGCACAGCUCUUUAGAACAUUGGACAGAUGAAAAAAAUAAAAGUGACAGACACUAUCCUAGAAAUGACAGGCCAAAGGAUUUGGGUUAUCCCAUAGCUUCUCACCAGAGUGAUAUUACUUUCAAAAAAAGGGAUAACAAUAUGCAAAACAGAGUAGGAAAAGGGGUGUCUUUCACAGAAUUCAAGGAGAACUCUGCUGCUCAAGAUACUACAGACAACAAUAACCAGAAACGUGGGAAAAGGGAAAACCAAAUACACGAUUCUGAAAAUUUUUGUGAUAGGAAGGCACGAACAAUAAUUAGUGAAGCCUUUAUGGUAAAGAGUGAGCAACAUUUUGGUGUCAAUAAUGAUUACCAAAAUCCUGGUAGAACUGCUAAUUUUAAUGCUGUACCAAAUGGAGAUACUGAGCAUCAUCAGAAAGGAAGACGAGUAGGGCCUAUCAAAUCAUCAGGACCCACUACGAUCCCAUCUUUUGAUGAUAAAAUGUUGUAUUACAACACCGGUCCCAAAAGGAGAUCUGGGCCCAUCAAACCAGAGAAAAUAUUAGAACCAUCGAUUCACAUGGAGUAUGGAAAAAGUUGGAGACCAGGGGAUGAAUGUUUUGCUCUUUAUUGGGAAGACAACAAGUUCUACCGGGCAGAAAUUGAAGCUCUUCAUUCUUCUGGGACAACUGCAGUUGUUAAAUUCUGUGAUUAUGGAAAUUAUGAAGAGGUGCUUCUCAGCAACAUCAGGCCUGUUCAUGCAGACACAUGGGAGGAAGAAGAAACAUAUGAGCAAACUCUAGAAUUCCGCAGAGGAGGUGAUGGUCAGCCAAGACGGUCCACACGACCUACUCAACAAUUUUAUCAACCCCCAAGAGCUAGAAACUGA